CUGGCGGGCGCGCCGGCCAGUCCGCCGCGGCCGCCACACGCGACGACCGCUAGCCGCCGCCGUAAAACAAAAAAAAAACGUGCCCGCGAAUAUUAUUUACACACCAUAAAAACAACCACAUCAAUACCUUUAUCAUCGAUCUGACUAAACCUCUGGCUGUUCAGUGUAGUGCCUUUGCCGCGACCCACCGGCGAGUAAACAAGUUCUAAGAAUGGCCUACUGCUGAGCAGUGUAGGCACGGGUCCAGGUCACGCUGAUAGAAACCUUGCAUCAUGACAAAAAGGUUCGAAUUCAACUGGCAAAUAUCCGUGCCCGAAGUCCUUCUACAGGGCGCAGUGUUCGACCGAUGGACGGAGGAGAAGGACAACACGGAGUUCGAGCAGAACUGCCUGUUCAAGGUCGACGAGUACGGCUUCUUCAUCUACUGGAAGAGCGAGGGCAAGGAUGGCGAUGUCAUUGAGUUAUGUCAAGUCAGCGACGUGAGAUCGGGAGGAGUGCCCAAGGACUCGAAGCUGACGUCGAACCUACUGAACAAACAUGGCGACAACCUGGAGGAGAAGUCUCUCACGAUCUGCAGCGGUACCGACUACAUCAACAUCAACUACCAGCACGUGGUGUGCCCGGACGCCGCCACCGCGAAGAUAUGGGUGGACGGUCUCCGCAAGAUCACACAUAACGUGAAAGCGAACAACGUAUGCCCCAUGACUUGCCUCAAGAAACACUGGAUGCGGCUCUGCUUCCUCACUGACCCGCGCGGGAAGGUGCCCGUCAAGGUGGUCGCGCGGACCUUCGCCUCGGGGAAGACGGAGAAAAUGGUCCACCAAUGCCUGGCGGAGCUGGGCCUGCCGUCGGGCAAGAACGAGGCGAUGGAGAAGGAGGCCUUCACGUUCGACAAGUUCUACGCGCUGUACCACAAGAUCUGCCCCCGGAACGACAUCGAGGAGCUCUUUAGAUCUAUAACGCAAGGCAAGUCCGACCGCAUCAGUCUGGACCAGUUCGUGAACUUCAUGAACGAGAAGCAGCGCGACCCGCGACUCAACGAGAUCCUGUACCCGCUGUAUGAUGAGAAGAGAGCUCUGGAGAUCAUCACCACGUAUGAACAGGCGGAGGACGCCAUUGCUGCCAAAACCCUCACAAAAGACGGCCUAAUCCGCUACCUCAUGUCAGACGAGAACGCCCCAGUGUUCCUAGACCGGCUAGACUUCUACAUGGACAUGGAGCAGCCGCUGGCCCACUACUACAUCAACUCGUCCCACAACACCUACCUCUCGGGUAGGCAGUUUGGAGGCAAGAGCAGCGUGGAGAUGUAUAGGCAGGUUCUGCUUGCUGGAUGCAGAUGCGUAGAGCUGGACUGCUGGGACGGCAAAGGCGAAGACGAAGAGCCAAUCAUAACCCACGGGAUGGCGAUGUGCACAGAUAUCCUGUUCAAAGACGUGAUAUACGCGCUCCGAGACACAGCCUUCGUGACGUCAGACUACCCAGUGAUACUGUCGUUUGAGAACCAUUGUUGUAAGGCGCAGCAGUUCAAGCUGGCUAAAUAUUGUGAUGAGAUUCUGGGAGAUUUGCUGCUGAAAGAGCCGUUGCCGGAUUAUCCACUGGAGCCCGGCGUACCCCUACCCCCACCUUCAGCCCUGAAACGCAAGAUCCUGAUCAAGAACAAGCGUCUGAAGCCGGAGGUGGAGCGGCAGGAGCUGGAGAUGUUCCAGCAGGGGCAGUUCGUCAUCGAGGACGAGGUCAAGGAGGACGCCAGCGCCGUCGCCAUCGACAAGAAGCCCGAAGAAAUAGUCCUGGAAGCCACAACAGCGGGCGACGACGCGCCGCCGCCCGUGGCCUACACCGGGUCCACCACCAACGUGCACCCCUGGCUGUCCUCCAUGGUCAACUACGCGCAGCCCAUCAAGUUCCAGAGCUUCGAGGAGGCCGAGAAGCGCAACAUCUGCCACAACAUGUCGUCCUUCGCUGAAACGACUGGCAUGAACUACCUCAAGUCGCAGGCCAUAGACUUCGUGAACUACAACAAGCGGCAGAUGUCGCGUAUUUACCCGAAGGGGACUAGGGCUGAUUCCUCGAAUUACAUGCCUCAGGUGUUCUGGAACGCGGGGUGCCAGAUGGUGUCGCUCAACUUCCAGACGUCCGACCUGCCCAUGCAGCUCAACCAGGGCAAGUUCGAGUACAACGGCAACUGCGGCUACCUGCUAAAGCCGGACUUCAUGCGGCGCGCGGACCGCAGCUUCGACCCCUUCGCCGACGCGCCCGUGGACGGCGUCAUCGCGGCUCAGUGCUCCGUGCAGGUGAUAGCCGGCCAGUUCCUCUCCGACAAGAAAGUAGGAACCUACGUGGAGGUGGACAUGUACGGGCUCCCCACGGACACCAUCCGCAAGGAGUUCCGUACACGGCUGGUGCCGGCCAACGGACUGAACCCUGUUUACAACGACGAGCCCUUCCUGUUCCGUAAGGUGGUGCUUCCCGACCUGGCGGUGCUUCGUUUCGGCGUGUAUGAAGAGAGCGGCAAGCUGCUCGGACAGCGCAUCCUGCCGCUUGACGGACUGCAGGCGGGCUACCGCCACAUCUCGCUGCGCACGGAGGCCAACUUCCCGAUGUCGCUGCCGAUGCUGUUCUGCAACAUCGAGCUCAAGAUCUACGUGCCCGAUGGGUUUGAGGACUUCAUGGCGGCCCUGUCUGACCCCCGUGCGUUCAUGGGCGCCGCCAAGGACCGCAGCGACAACAUGAAGCAGAUGGGCAUCGAGGAGAGCGGGCCCGACAAGAAGGUCACCAUCGAGGAGAAGAAGGAAGAGCCGCCGCUAGUCUUCGAGCCCAUAACCGUCGAGUCGCUCCGCCAAGAGAAGGGGUUCCUGAAGAUCGGGCGCAAGCAGCAGAAGGAACUGGAAGCCAUGAAGAAGCGCCACGCCAAGGAGAAGGCGGCCAUGCAGAAGCAGCAGUGCACGGCCAUUGAAAAGAUGAUCAAGGGGAAGAACAAGGAGCAGUUGGCCACGGAGCCCGCGUUCCGUCAGCUGGUGUCGGCACAGACGCAGGCGUGGAGCGAGCUCGCCGCCAGGCACCGCCGAGAGGUGUGGGGCGGCGCGCGCUCGCGGCUGGACGAGCAGCGCGACCUGCUCACCGCCAUGUGCGAGACCAAGCAGAAGGAGCAGAUCAAGCAGAUCGAAGCCAAACACGAGAGAGAACUAAAAGAGAUGAACGCGCGCCAAGCCAAGAUCAGCAUGGAGACCAGCAAGGAGGUCGCCAACGACAAGACUCUUAAGACUAAGCAGGAGAAAGAUAGACGACUGAGGGAGAAGAAACAGAACAACACCAAGAAGUUCAUGGACGAGAGGAAGACGCAGAUGAUAAAGCAGAACCGCGAGAAGGAGAAGCUGAAGGUGGUGCACGACAAGCAGAUGGAGGAGCUCGCCAAGGACGUCGACAACCUGAUCCAGAUGUACAAACUCGAGGAGGCCGAUUACGAGAUGAGUUCUAAAACUGAAUUCUUUGCAUGAAAGUUCCCCGACAUCGCUCCCCUGUUUGAGCAAGCCACCUGAGAGUGCCAAACUGCACCCUCCGAGGUGCAACAUAAAGACUAAAGUGGAUUGGACACCCGUGUAAGUUUUGUGAACAUUUGGUGCGAUUGUGUGAGUGGUAAAUGUUGAAUUGGGAUUAUAGAAACAAGGCUUUUUGUAAACUCAUUCAUUUAAAACCGGUUUAAAUAGAUAUCAGACUCUCCUGUUUCUAUAAUCCUACGUAGGAACGGUUUAAAUUCAAAUUAAAUUAGUACCUAAGUAAAGAAAAGUUGACAAGCUGCAUAGUGAUCUCCUUAAUGUUGAAAAUAUAUUUAACUUAAGUAUAAUAAAUAUAAUUACCUAUUACGGUAAGCUGCCCCCAAUAGACGACCCUAAUUUAAUUAUUAAAUACAGAAUAAAUUGUAUCAGCCGCUUUAAUAUUUUAAUAUCUAAGAUAUAAAUUACAAAUUUCUAAAUAUUUAGCCACAUUUAAGAAACAAAAACAUACUUACCUAUAAGAUAACCUAACUGUAAACUAAAUAUAUGUUUACAUUGAACUAUACGUUUGAUCUGUAAAUUAUUUUAACGUAAUUUCUCUCCUAGUUAGAGGAGAAUAUCAGACAAUAACACUAUCUAUUAAAAACGCCAUAAGAUUCAUAAUUCAUCGCCGCAAAACCUAAUGUAGGACCUUUUACACUGAAUUAUUUCUUAAAAUUUAAAUCAAUCUUUUGGUAUAAAGACAAUGUCUGCACAUAGCAUUAUACAUACUAUAGAAAUCGUAAGUGCAAUUAUUAUUAUUUAUAAGCGGCUGGUACAUUUACAGAGUAAUUAUUUAUAAGCAAAAAAUAUAAAUAUCUUUGAAGUAAGGUAAUCAGUGUCAUUCAUUGACAUAAUUACGUAGACAUAGCAAAAUUGACUUGUGUCAAAUUAUACUUAAAUAUUUGUUUAGACCUUAACUUAAAUUUAACUUUACCUAAGUAUAAGACUAGAAUAUUGUCAAAUAGAUUUUUAAAAAAAUAUCUAAUAUAAAUGUACAAGUUUUUGGUUAGCUAAUGGUUAAACCUAAAGUUGUAUCGAAAAAUUAUAACGAAUAACACAUUUUUGGCCUUCCCAAAUAUGUUUAAAAAUAUGUACCUAUGUGUUAUGUCUAAGUAACUAAGUAUAUUACAUUUCAUUGGGUAGUUUGGUGUCUUCGUAAGUGUAAGUACAAUGUUUAUGACCUAUAUUAUAUUAUUUUGAAGAAGUACCUAUGUUUAACAAAAGUAUAUGUUCAUGAUACGGGUUUAAAAUCUAUUUUUAGUUUCGUCAAUGUUAUCAACACAAGCAGGCCAUAAGUUUAUGUCAUUAAGUCAUGAGUCUCAAUCUGAAAAUCUUUGGAUAAUUCAUUUAAAUUUCUUUAUAAAAUAUUUAUAACAUGAAAAACAUAGUAACGUGUGUUAUGUAUGCUACAUAAAAAGGAAUGCUGUGGAGCAAGCCAGUAGUAGUAAUAUAAAGAGCUAGUAUCAACCACUACCCCAGUUAUAAAAUCUCAACUAUGUAUUUAUGUUAUGAUUUUCUAGUCCUCUCCCUUCUAUAAUAUGACUGUAUAAGUUAACUUCUAAUUAUAAUAUAAACUAAGUUGUUAUUAGGUAUAUUUUGUUCUAUUGAUUCAUGACGUAGUAAAAAAUAAAACAUGUUAGGUAAAGUUCACAUCUCCUAGAAAAUAUUGAUGUGUAUGAUACUAAGUCGUGACACUGAUAUUUCAGGUAGGUAAAUUACCCUAGGUUCUAGGUUUAUCAGAUUCUAAAUUAGCUAUUAUUACCUAUCAUCAGAGCAUGGCAGUGUUCUGUCUAUAUUAUGCAUCUAUUUAGUCAUUUUAUGUAAAUAGAGAAGAUAUCUAUAAAA